AUGGCUGCUCUGACCGUCCGUUCAACAGGCGUCCUUAAACUCCCCGAAUACAAGGCAGAGCCAAGCACCGCCUCCACCCCCCCGGAAGAGAAGACAAAUGAUCUUGAGCUUGUCUGGCGCUGGAACGCCACGGUGCCAGAAGCGGUCAACAGCUGUGUUCACGACCUCAUUCACGAUCGCGCCGAGGCCAACCCCGAUGCACCCGCAGUACAUGCCUGGGACGGACAAUGGUCGUAUCGUCAGCUUGAUUACUAUGCCUCUCUGCUCGCCCAGAAACUGCUGGUCACCCACCAGCUACGACCAGGCGAUGUGGUUCUCCUGGCUUUUGACCGCAGUCGUUGGGUCCCUGUUACCAUGCUAGCCACCAUGAAGGCGGGCGCCACUUUUGUCGCGUUAGAUAUGGCUUUGCCGACGGGUCGCCUACAACAAAUGGCGGAACAAGUGUCGGCCAAAAUGGUUCUGACCUUGGAGGAAACCUUGGUGGCAUAUGAACUGGGCGUCGAAGUGGUGCCCGUCCACGAAGAUAUUGCUCCGACAUCACCUCAAGAACAAUCCGCAUCAGCACCUAUUGCACCGUCAUCCACAUUAUAUAUCGUCUUUACAUCCGGCAGCACAGGCAAACCCAAAGCCGUGGCGGUAUCCCAUUCAAAUUUCGCCUCGGGAGUGCGACACCAUGCAAUCCCAUACCGACUCAAUGACCAGUCGCGAUCUCUCCACUUCGCCUCAUAUAGUUUCGACUCGGCUGUUCACGAAAUCCUCGCUACGCUCAUUCAGGGCGGAUGCAUCUGUAUCCCGAGUGACGCAGACCGCAACCAAAGGCUGACGGCCGUCAUGGAGGAGAUGAAGAUCAAUUGGGCCGCAAUGACACCCACCACAUCGCAACUAAUCCAAUCAUCCAAGGUGCCAUCAUUACAGACCUUGGUUCUCGCAGGCGAGGCCUGCACGCGAAAUCUGGUUGAGCGGUGGAGCCCCUACGUGCGGCUGUUGAACGCAUAUGGCCCUGCAGAGUGCGCUGUGUGCAGUUUGGUCAAUGUGGUCUCGCCAACCCACGAAGGUCACAAUAUCCCCAUCGGUCUGGGCCAAGGGUGUUUGCCGUGGGUGGUGGACUCAAAUGACUCGGAACAUCUCCUUCCUGCUGGCGAAGUAGGAGAACUCCUCAUCGAAGGCCCGAUCGUGGGAAAGGGAUACUUGGGUGAUGCGGAAAAAACAGCCGCAGCAUUUGUUGAAGACCCGACAUGGCUCACAGCCGGCUGCUCGAAUGCAGGUAUACCAGGUCGCCGGGGCCGGCUAUACAGAACAGGUGACUUGGUUCAACGUCUUGAAAACGGAGAAGUGUUGUUCGUCGGCCGCAAAGACACGCAAGUCAAGCUGCGUGGGCAGCGAAUCGAGCUGGAAGGCGUCGAGUCCCAGAUCAGCCACAUUCUGCCUGAUAUCAAAUGCAUCGUCGAUGUGGUUACCCCGAGCCUGGGGAAUCAUGCUCAGCAGCUAGUGGCCUUCCUUGAGAUCGGCAGCGGGUCUCGCGAGCAGGAUGCAUUUUUCUGCCUUGUUGACGACAGCUUCGUGAAAGUCGAACAGGAGCUACGCUCGCACCUUUCUCAAACACUUCCCGCCUACAUGAUCCCCACCAUGUUCCUCCCUGUCUUCCAAGUCCCUCAAACCCCAUCGGGGAAAACAGAUCGCAGACGACUCCGGGAUGAAGGGAGUCGCAUGUACGAAAAACUGCGAGGCAAGCUUGCAACAUCAAGUGAUGAAGGUAUUUCGUGGACGUCUCAGGAGACAACCCUCCGAGGGAUGUGGGCCACAAACCUCGGAAUUCCAACGAAAGAGAUUCGUCGAGAGGACAAUUUCUUCCAGCUCGGCGGCGACUCAAUUGCAGCCAUGAAGCUGAGUGGUGCGGCACGUACCCAGGGAUUGUCGCUUUCCGUUCCUCAAAUCAUGGGAAACCCCAUUCUGCAUGUCAUGGCCACUGUGAUGAAGAAUGAAAAGACGGAACCGGCUGAGAAGAUCGUUCGCCCCUUUUCUUUGAUCCAAGACGACCGCCUGCGAGAGACCAUGGACGAGGCAGCUGCUGGCUGCUGUAUCCCCCAGGACCUGAUCGAGGAUAUCUAUCCCUGCACCCCGCUGCAAGAAGGAUUGAUGGCCCUUUCAGAAAAGCGAGGCAAGGGUGCCUACGUCACUCGCGGAGUAUUGCAGGUCCACCCCAAGGCCGACAUGACUCGACUGACUGCUGCGUGGGCAACGGUGUUUUACCUGAACCCAGCCAUGCGGACAAGACUGGUUGAAACAAACUCAUCUGGGCUGGUUCAAGUGUCCGUACGACACGACCUGGAUUUUGCCAGUCGCGAUAAUGUCGAGGAUUGCAAUUCUUUGGACGAAGAUAUCGAGUUCGGGCUCGGGUCUCCUCUCACAAGACUGCGAAUGAUCAACAGUCCGAACCACAAAGAGCGCGCCUUUGUUCUCAUUGCUCAUCACUCCAUCUUGGACGGAUGGCAGGCACGUCUGAUCAUGGAGCAAGUCGACCACGUGUACAGGGGGCAAAGUCACCAGAUCAAAUGCGCAAACAGCUUCAACUCGUUUGUCAAAUACCUGACCGAGGUCGAGGAAACCGAAGAAGUGCCAUACUGGCAGAAAUGUCUGGCUGAAGAGGACACUGCAGUGUUUCCGACUGUUCCUCCCGGCCUCAAAUCCACAUGGAGCAACAAGUCCAAGCAACGUGAUAUCCUGUUUGGCGCCCAGAUUCGCGAGAAAAAUACAGAAUUCACGAUUCCUACAUAUAUCCGUCAAGCCUGGGCACUUAUCUGUGCGGCCUACACUGGAUCUAACGAUGUGGUCUUCGGUGCCACAGUUAGCGGACGAAAUGCUCCUGUUCCGGGCAUCGAGCAAAUUGUCGGACCGACUAUCGCCACGGUCCCUUUGCGGGUGCAGCUGAAUCGGGGUGCCAGUACCCAGGAAGCCUUGCAAUCCAUCCACGAGCAGAGCGUUAGCAUGGCGCCAUUCGAGCAGACCGGUCUGCAACGCAUCAGAAAGAUAGGGCCCGGUCCAGCGGCGGCAUGCAACUUUCAGUCUCUACUCGUCGUUCAACCGCCACCGGAAUCACAAGCUACACAAGCAGAACGGACUUUGAUUCGUGCAGACGAUGGUGAAGAGUUUCUGCUCGCUUUCAGCAAUUACCCGCUUGUUGUCGAAUGCACCGUCCUACCAGAUCGAGCGGGUGUUGCAGUCCGGCUAGCAUAUAACGACCAGGUUCUCGCUACAGAACAGAUGGAUCGCAUUCUUGAGCAAUUGGAACAUGUCCUGCUCCAGAUGUUUGCAAAGGAAAAGCUGGGAGACAUCGAAGUCAUCAGCCCUCGCGAGAUCGAACUGCUACGCAGCUGGAAUAGCCCUGUCCCGCCGCCGGUCGAUUGUUGCAUCCACGACCUCAUCCAAGGGAAAUUAACCGCCAGCCCGAAUGCUGAGGCCGUCUACGCCUGGGAUCGAUCUCUGACUGCGCAUGAGCUGAAUGAUCUCUCAUCUCGGUUGGCCGGGUAUCUACGCAGCCUCGAGAUUGGACCCGAGGUGGUGGUGCCUUUGUUUUUCGAGAAGUCAUCUCUGACAAUUGUGACGAUUCUCGCGGUCUUGAAAAGUGGCAACGCUUGUGUCACGCUUGAUAAAAAACAGCCAGCGCAACGAUUGAUGAAAAUCGUUCAGCAGACUGGUGCCAAACUCAUGCUGUUAUCAGAAAACCAUCAGGGACUGCUCCCCAUGGACGUGACCCAAGUUGUUGUCACCUACGACACUCUGGCACAGAUGCCUCACCCUGGUCAGAUUCUGACUGGAGUCAGCUCGCGCAGUCCGGCAUUUUUGAUCUUUACAUCUGGAAGCACUGGCGAGCCCAAAGGGAUCGUUCACGAACAUCGCAGUAUGUCAAGUACCGCAAUUGCUCACGCCUCGGGAAUGAAUAUUGUCGAGGGUGCGCGAGUGCUUCAAUUCGCGUCGCCGUCAUUUGAUGUCAGUAUCUACGAAAUCUUGAUGAGCAUGGUAAUGGGCGCCUGUAUCUGCGUUCCGUCUGAUGAACAGCGGAUGAACACUCCUGGCGAAUUUGCCCGCGAGGCUAAGGCUGAGGUUGGCAUUAUUUCCCCGACUGCUAUCCAGUCCAUGUCCCCCGAGGACGUGCCAUCUCUCAAGACGGUGGUCCUGGUUGGAGAGGCUAUUCCGCGUGAUGUGGUCGAGGUAUGGAAUCGCUCGGCAGUCGUCAUGAACGGAUAUGGACCUGGAGAGUGUGCAUUCUGCUCUACUAUCGAUAUCAGUGAGCAACGGCCUAUCGCUACUGUCGGUAAAGCUAGAGGUUGCGUCUUCUGGAUUACUGAUCCCGGUGAUCCUGAACGACUGGCGCCCGUUGGUGCAGUGGGAGAGAUUGUGAUCGAAGGUCCUGUCAUGGCCCGUGGAUAUCUCAAUAAUCCGGAGAAAACACAAGAGUCCUUCUUGACCGGUGCGCCCUGGCUGGAAUCUUUCCGUCCAGGUGGGAAAGGUCGUCUCUAUCGGUCUGGGGACCUUGGGAUGUACAAUUCAGAUGGCACGGUGGUGUAUAUGGGGCGAAGAGAUAUGCAGGUCAAACUGCGAGGACAGCGCAUCGAGCUGGGAGAGGUGGAGUCUCACCUCCGGCAACUCUCAUCCACGGCAGAUGCAGAAGUCGCUGUGGACGUCGUGCGCUACGGGCAAAACGACCAGCUCACUGCUUUCGUGGUGCAGGCGAACGAAGACAAGUCUUCUCCGGUUUUACUUCCGAGCAGCCACCGGAUCAGCGAUUCCAACCAGCUUUCAUCCGAGUUGGCUAAAGCGCUGCCUCCGUAUAUGAUCCCGUCCGUCUACUUGCCUGUCUCGCGGAUCCCUACCACGUCAUCCUCCAAAACAGAUCGUAAACUACUUCGCCAAAUCGCUUCUGCGCUGACACAAGAGGAUGUUGCAACCUAUCACUCCGCCGAACCCAUGACUGAGCCGACGACCGCCGCAGAACUUGAGCUACGUGGGGUCUGGGUAGGCUUGUUGCGUGUCAAUGCUGAGGCCAUCAAAGCCGAGAGCAACUUCUUCCACGUGGGAGGUGACUCUGUCCAAGCGAUGAAGCUAGUGAGCACAGCACGGCGCCAGGGUCGACAUCUCAACCUUGCUACUGUAUACCAGAGCCCGCGACUUUGUGACAUGGCUGUCAACUGGGCGUCUUCUAAGGAGACCAAAGACGCGGCGCUCGAGAAACAGUGGCCACCCUUCUCUCUAAUGAAAGGGUUCGAUGUCGAAGACUAUCUCUCUGGUGUCUGUGAACACUACCCAGUCUCCCGGAACGACAUCAAGGAUGCGUACCCAGCACACGACAGUCAGAACAUCGCAUUCACAACAAACCAGUGUCUGUAUGCACGCUUCCAGAUUGAUGCUUCGUUGGAUCUCGACCGCGUCAUCGAUAGCUGGAUGCAGGUCGUCCGCCAGCACGAUAUCCUGCGCACGGUUUUUGUUCCCUACAACAACGACUACUUGGCCGGUAUAGUGGUCAAGUCUCUCGUUUGGGAGAUUGAGCAAUACUCCACAUCUGGCGAAGAAGGCAUCAGGGAGAUCCUGGCGAGCGACGGCAAGGUUAAGCCACCGCACGGGGCUCCUCUUGGUAAGGUCAUGGUAAUCCAGGAUGCCCAGCAGCCUGAUACCACCCUAGUCGCGCUGAGGAUGUGUCACGCCAUCUACGAUGGCUACUCCCUUGCGCUGUACUGGAAAGACUGGAAGUCGGCAUACGAGACCGGCAACGUGGCCCCGCGCCUCCAACUCCAAGAUGUUCUGUGCUCUCGACAGUUCAUCGAGGGCCGAGAUCAGUCGGUGCAGUACUGGGACGACUUCCUACGAGGCUCGAAUAUGAUUGAUUUACCCAAGACUGUGUCGCCGGAAUCCAACCCAGAGCAAUUCACAGUUGAGAGGACGCUCGACGACAUUGUCGCCCCGGCCGGGCUUUUUCUCGACUCCUUGCUGAAGGCAGCAUGGGCAGUCACCCUAGCCAUCGUGGCUGGUCAGUCCGAUGCAAUCUUCUUCCAGGUAUCGAACGGGCGACGUCUAGGCGGGGCCGGCAUCGAAAACGCCGUGGGUCCGCUAAUCGGAAUCUUCCCCGUGCGCGUGCAACUGGAUGCAAGUUGGCCCGCCGAUAAGCUCUGCCAUAUACUGCAAGAGCAGGACAUGGCAACGAUUCAGCACGAAACGGUCGAUGUCGAGGAGAUGUGGGAUCUCGCAGGGUGGGAUUACGAGGUGCCGUUCUCUGUGUUCGAUCACAUCAAAAGCGAUAUCGAAUCGCAAAUGACACUAGACGGGGUGUCUCGUGGCCCCAAGACUUUUUAUACCGGUGAGAACGAGCCGGAGACUGUCUGUCUGGCGAGGACUUGGGGUCGCCAGGCUCGUAUUACUAUCAUGCCGGGACAGGGCGUCGCGCGAGACGUGGCGGAGCGCACCCUUGAUAUCUUUUGCUCUAAGCUGCGGGCUUUCUCGCAGGACCCGGGGGUGUCGAUUUACUAG